CUGAUGCCUGGCUCCGGCCCGCCGGGUCCUUUCCUGUGCUACCGGUUGAGCCCAUGCGCUCGCUGCUGGGCUCGCUGCCCCGACUGCGGCUGCUGGAUCUGAGCCACUGCACCUCUGGGGUGGUAGACCAGGUGCUGAGGGCGGCCCUGGCGCCACGAGCCUGGCCCCUGCAGCAGCAGCAACCGCAGCAGCCGGCGGCGGUGGCAACGGCAGCAGCAGCAGGAGGAGGAGGAGAAGGCGGGCAGCUGCCGCAGCCACAGCAGCAGCAACCGGCGGGCGGAGGUGGCGGCUGGGCGCUGCCUUGUCCGCUGCGGGUGCUGCGUGCGAGGGAUUGCCCUCGACUGGGACCCGGAACGCUCAAGGCCCUCACUCCAGAUGUACCGCACGUCACCCUCCCGCCGCCACCACCACAAGCAGCCGACGCCGCCAGCACCACCUCACCCCUUCCACCUCCCGCAAUCGCAACAACAUCACCCGCCGCCCCCGCCGCUGCAGCAGCAGCCACUACCACCGACGGCGCCACUGCCGCUGGCAGCAGCAGCGGCGGCGGCGACGGGCUUGUCGUACCGUUGUUCGUACACUUGACGGAACUGGAUCUCACG